UUUUGAAGCACACUCUCUUCAUAAAUGAAUCAAUUACUCUCCCUACAUAAUUUAUUUUAUAAAACACUGCUGAAAUAUGUAUUCUAGAUGCUUCGACCUUUCCAAACAUAUAUAGUUUGUCAUGAUUCAACAAACAUUUACAUCCAAAAUAGUAAAGUAAACCUAGGUGUUCCUCUACGACAGUUAAGUGGUUAAACUAUUUCUAUGGCGCACAAGGUGAUGUCACAGUAAAAGUGACGCUAAUGGAACUGUAAGCAUGUGUGAUUAUUUCGUCACUGUAAGAGGGCUAUAUAAGACCGCGCGAAUUCCAGAAAAUUUGUGGGUUUAAAGUUAGGAGAUUUUGGUUGACGUUGCUGUUGCUCUUCAUUGCUAUUUCGUUGUAUUUCGUUUUUUAGUUUAAUUUGUGUGUUUUGCGUGUUUUUGUUUUGUUUUGAGCGUGUGUUAGUUUGAUUUUGGUGUGUGUUCGUGUGUUUGUUUUUUAUUUCUUUUUUUCUCAAUGAUUUAUAGACGGCCAAAAAAGCCCUCUGCGGUUAGCCGGCCAUUCCGGCUAAUCGCGCGGGUUUUUUUGGCCAUGUACAAUUGGCUGGUCUCUUUCUUGGGACGCCAGCCUAGCGGUCAACCGAAGGUCCACCGCGGACAAUACAGCAGGCGUUCUCGGAUGCCAGCUGUGGAGUCCGCGGUGAUGCCGGUUCACCGUAUUUCGGACACCGCGAGAGAGACCUGUCCAGUGUUUCAAGCCCAGAAACUUGUUUCAAAGUUUUCUGCGGCAUCAAACGAAGGCGGUCUCAGUAAAGGACCUUCUAUGAGCUAUCCAGGAUCCCUGGGACUAACUCCUCACAAGCGUCCCACUUGUGCUUCACAGCCAAGUGGGACAAAGCUAGUUGAGGAGUUCCCUCCAGGAGGUCUGUUGGAGGCUCAAGAAGGUUCUGUGUCCCGCGGUUUGUCCAGGGGAGUCUGUUUUGGACAGCCCAAUGGGCGAAGGUCAGGCCCGGGCAGGAUUCCGUCUGCGAAAAUCUCGCAGACUGUUACUGUGACAUGUGAGGAGGUGGAUGCGAGCUUUAGGCAAUCUAAUGCUCCAUCAGUACGCCCCCUCAUAUGUCCGGUACCUGCCCGGGUUACCAGACGACCCAUGGCCGCUCGUCCGCCGGUCCGGUCCUCAGAGGACAUCUGUUCAGCUCAGCCUGACACUGGGUCCGUGGGUGCGACUGGCAGAGGGCCGCCAGAGGGCCGGCAGAGGGCAGGUCCCGGUCCCGCCCGCUCCUCUGGCGGUCGCGCCCGCUCCUCUGGGGGUUGCUCCUGCUCCUCUGGGGGCCGCACCCGCUCCUCUGGGGGUCGCGCCCGCUCCUCUGGGGGUCCCGCCCCUCAGCCGGUCGUGCCGUCGGCCGGUCCACAGCGGGUGCUGCCGUCGGCCGUUCCUUUGCCUGUCCUGCCGACGGCCGCUCCGUUGCUGGUCCUGCCGACGGCAACUGCUGAGCAGGUCCAGAACUCAGAGGACAUCUGUUCAGCUCAGCCUGAGGCUGGGUCCGCGGGUGCGACUGGCAGAGGGCCGCCAGAGGGCCGGCAGGGGGCAGGUCCCGGUCCCGCCCGCUCCUCUGGCGGUCGCGCUCGCUCAUCUGGGGGUUGCUCCUCCUCCUCUGGGGGCCGCACCCGCUCUUCUGGGGGUCGCGCCCGCUCCUCUGGGGGUCCCGCCUCUCAGCCGGUCGUGCUGUCGGCCAGUCCACAGCGGGUGCUGCCGUCGGCCGUUCCUUUGCCUGUCCUGCCGACGGCCGCUCCGUUGCUGGUCCUGCCGACGGCAACUGCUGAGCAGGUCCAGAACUCAGAGGACAUCUGUUCAGCGGAGCCUGAGACUGUGGCCGCGGGUGCGACCGGCAGAGGGCCGGCAGAGGGCCAGCAGAGGGCAGGUUCCGGUUGCGCCCGCUCCUCUGGCGGUCGCGCCCGCUCCUCUGGCGGUCGCGCCCGCUCCUCUGGGGGCCGCAACCGCUCCUCUGGGGGUCCCGCCCCUCAGCCGGUCGUGCCGUCGGCCGGUCUUCAGCGGAUGCUGCCGUCGGCCGGUCCUUUGGCGGUCCUGCCGACGGCCGCUCCGUUGAUGGUCCUGCCGACGGCAACUGCUGAGCAGGUCCAGAACUCAGAGGACAUCUCUCAGCCUGAGACUGGGUCUGUGGGUGCAACUGGCAGAGGGCCGCCAGAGGGCCGGCAGAGGGCAGGUCCCGGACGCUCCCGCUCCUCUAGCGGUCGCGCCCGCUCCUUUGGUGGUCGCGCCCGCUCCUUUGGUGGUCGCGCCCGCUUCUCUGGGGUCCGCGGCCUCUCCUCUGGGGGCCACGCCCGCUCCUCUGGGGGUCCCGCCCCUCUGCGGUGUCUGCUGAUGGCCGGACCGUUGCCGGUUAUCUUCCCGCCAUGGACCAAUCAGGUCUUAACGUGGCCCGGUCCUCUGCCGGUUCCACCGUGGGCUGCUCCGGCCACUUCCGGCCACAUCAUCUGUACUUCAGUAGCUCAACCUUCCUCUCCACAAGUGCAGCCAGCACGUGCGUCCCUCAAGCGCCGUGCUGCUGCCAUGUCACAGCCACACACAAUUGAUGAGGGGGAGGUUGAGGCAAAAAAAGCCAGAAGGACUGUAGCUCAGCCUUCAACCUCAGUCUCAGAGCAAAAAAAGAAAAAGAAAAGGGAGAAGCGAAGGCUGCAAAGACAGCGAAGACGGGCGGCAAAGGCAGCUCAGUAA